ACAAGUAAUCCUUUUGUUCACAAAAUGCUCUAUUUCCAUAAUUUAUUUUACACCUGGCUAAUAUAACAUCGCAAAUUCUCACUGUGCAAUAGCAUUCAGAUCAAGAUGUAUUAUGAAUGGUCAUCGAUUGUAGGACAAAUACCUCCGUCAUUUUGGGGAUAUUUAGGUAUAUUUAUGUCAUUAGGAUUUUCUGUUUUUGGGGCCGCUACGGGUAUUUUUCUCUGUGGACCAUCAAUAAUGGGUGGUUCAGUUAAAUCACCGCGUAUCACUGUUAAAAAUUUGGUAUCCGUUAUCUUUUGUGAAGCCAUCGGAAUAUACGGACUUAUCGUAUCUGUACUGCUUAUCAAUGUUGCAUCGCGGUUUUCCGGGAUAGAUAGACCCAUAGACUUGGCAGCAGACGUUGUAGAAACAGGAAAAUACAUAAAUGAUGUAUUUAGGGGCUGGGCAAUGUUCGCAAUUGGAUUAAUUGUAGGUCUAUCCAACCUAUCUUGCGGUAUAUCUGUCGGUAUAGUUGGAAGUGCUUGCGCUCUGGCUGAUGCACAAAAACCACAGUUAUUUGUUAAAGUUCUUAUGGUUGAGAUUUUUGCCAGUGUAUUGGGUUUAUUUGGCGUUAUCGUUGGAGUAAUUUUAUUAUCCAUGGUCCCAUGAUCGGACACAAAUUUAUUUCUUAGAAUAAAAUCUCUAACUAGCACCUAACUAGGAUCACUGUAAUUUAUACUUUAGUU